UGGGCCUGGGCGCGGCCGGGGGCUCCGAGCCUGAUGGGGGAAUGAGGUAGCUGCGGCUUCGAGAAAGAUGGUGGAUGUUGAUGUUUGUGCUGGUGGGGAUAGCACCCGAAGAAAAAUGGAUUCUCUGACAGAUAGUGCAGCUGAGAUCAUUCCGUUGGAACUCUAUGAUUCAUCUCGAGCAAAAAUUGCUGCUAAUUUACAGUGGAUCUGUGCUAAAGCCUAUGGAAUAGAUAAUAUCCCGGAGGAGCUGAAGGACCCGUUCUAUAUAGACCAGUAUGAGCAAGAACAUAUUAAACCACCUGUCAUCAAGCUGUUACUGUCCAGUGAGCUGUACUGCCGUGUCUGCAGCCUCAUUUUGAAAGGGGAUCAGGUGGCUGCUCUGCAGGGACACCAGUCGGUCAUCCAGGCUCUGUCUCGGAAAGGAAUUUACGUCAUGGAGAGCGAUGAUACACCUGUGUCUGAAUCUGAUCUCAGCAGCGCGCCAAUCAAAAUGAGUCCUCACAUGGCAAUGAUUGAUGCUCUUAUGAUGGCCUACACUGUGGAAAUGAUCAGCAUUGAAAAAGUGGUUGCAAGUGUCAAACGUUUUUCUACAUUUAGUGCCUCAAAGGAAUUGCCCUAUGAUCUGGAGGAUGCAAUGAUAUUUUGGAUUAAUAAGGUGAACCUUAAAAUGAGAGAAAUAACAGAAAAAGAGAUAAAAUUAAAACAGCACGUACUGGAAAGCCCAGGUCACCAAAAGUCUCCUUCCAAAUGGUAUUGGAAAUUAGUACCUGUACGAUAUCGCCGAGAUCACCCUUCAAGUAGGCAGUUACCAUUUUUCCCAGUGCUUGAAGAUCUCAUGAAGGACUGCAGUGACGGAACUGCUUUACUGGCUGUAAUACACUACUACUGUCCUGAACAAAUGAAACUAGAUGAAAUCUGCCUGAAAGAAGUAACAUCGAUUGCAGACAGCAUCUAUAACAUUCAGCUGCUUCGGGAGUUUUCAAACGAAUACUUAAACAAAUGUUUUUACCUCACAUUGGAGGACAUGCUGUAUGCACCUUUAGUUCUAAAGUCCAAUGUAAUGGUCUUCAUUGCUGAAUUAUUCUGGUGGUUUGAGAAUGUCAAGCCUGAAUUUGUGCAGCCCAGGGACCUCCAAGAAGUAAAAGAUGCUAAAACAAUGUUGCAACAGAAGAGCAGCAGGCCGCCUGUUCCCAUUUCCAAUGCAACCAAACGGAGUUUCAUGGCUAGCCCAGCUGCUUCCAGCCCAGCUGACACGCAGCUCCCAGCUCAGCUCCCUGUGGAGACUUGCAACAGUGGAAAAGGAAGCCCUGCCUUCAGCCCAUCCCAUCCACUACUGCCUUUGAGGCAGAAACAACAGAAGUCUCUGCAGGGGGAGGACAGCUCAGGUCAACGUAAUCGUUCUAAUUCAUUGACUAGAGUGGAUGGGCAGCCACAGGAGUCAGUUCUUGCUUGGCCGGACAAGAAACCAAGGCCUCUGUCUCAGCCAACGCCAUUUGCUCUUCACCAUGCCACAAGCAGUGAUGCAGACCCUAGUUCCGGCGACAGUAUUAGCUUGGCUCGAUCAAUCAGCAAGGACAGCCUAGCGUCAAACAUCACCAGCAUCACUCCAAAACAGCAGUCUCACUCCGUGCCAGUGAAAAGCAACGGGAAAAGCUUGCUGAACAAUGUUGAGAUAGAAGACGAGGAUGAAGAAUUGAUCGCAAUAAUCCGACCGGAUGCUGCGCCAAGCCAUGGCAACCUUGAACUUCAGAGUGUGCCAGCUAGAUCGUCUGGCUUUGUUGCAGCUGCAUGGGCUGAGAAAUCGCAGAACGAGGCCCCGGAGAGCAAACCGGAGAGUUUCUUCCUUGAGCCUUUGAUGCCUGCUGUACUGCGACCAGCAAAGGAGAAACAAAUAAUUAACAAGGAGGAUGAAUGCGGGGAAAGGAAAACGCGAGGUUUUGUAGCCAAGAGACUGAACGAGGGACACACGUCUUUAGUUCGUAAAAAAAUAAGUAGCAAUCAUGCAGAUCACAACCUCAACAGGACUUUUAGUGUCGCUUCUAGUUCAGAAUUAACAACAGUUGCUGGUUCUGGAGUGGCAGAUCCGUCGGUACAAUUGGAGAUAGGCGCAGAACCCUUUCGGCCCCAAGCAAGUAGUAGCUUAGAGCCUCCAUCUCGAGAGCAGUCCUUUGGCGGAUUCUUUCUUCAUGCUUCUAAGGCAGAUGAGGGUGUGGUAAGCAGUGCGAGUACUGGCCAUGCAAAAAGCCCAGGCUCCCGCAUGGCAGACACCUCGUGGACAAUGGUGAGGCAAGACUCUGACUCUGACAUUCUAGAUAUGGAGGAAGCGGAGCAAGAUUUAGCAGUGGACGACCAUCCAAUAAUUGCCAAGUAUAUCGGAGAAGAGGAGUCGGCAAAGCUGCAGGAGGACAUGAAGGUGAAGGAGCACGAAGAUAAAGACGAUGCCAGUGGACGUUCGAGUCCCUGCCUGAGCACCAUUUCUCAGGUUAGUAGUGUGUCCUUGACCAGUGGGAGCGCCAGGAUGACUAACUUUGCUGAACGGAAGCUUCAGAGGCUGAACAGUUACGAAACAAAAUCCAGUACAAGUAGUUCACAGAAGACCACGCCUGAUGGGUCAGAAUGUUGCCCAGCUCCAUUAGUCACAUGGAAGCAGAAGCGGGAGCAGAGCCCAAACAGGCAAAGCAAAGAUAAUGUCAAUAUAUUGGCUUCUGAACUGGUGCAGCUUCAUAUGCAACUAGAGGAGAAACGAAGAGCGAUUGAGGCUCAGAAGAAGAAGAUGGAGGCACUGUCGGCCAGGCAGCGGCUAAAACUAGGCAAGGCAGCAUUUUUGCAUGUGGUUAAAAAGGGGAAAGGCCCUGAUGUCUCACAGCCUCUUAAGCCAGAACACUUCGCAAAAGAAUACUCGAGGCACAACGGGGAGGGCCUGGAUGAUACUAACUCUUUGAACUCUAAAUCAGAAGUGUUCUUUGUGAAAGAGGAAGGGACCGAAGAUGUCCUUGAUGACUCGCAUGAAGUACCCAAAGUGAAAAUUCAGGAAACAAUUGCUUUCGUUGAGCAGAACAAUCCAAAAGAACCCACCAUACACGAAAUAGAGAAAAGCAAAAUGAUUUCCGCUGCGCUCCUGGAAGAGAACACCGAAGUGGCCGACAUCAACGAAUGUGACCUUUCUAUUGAAAAAUUAAAUGAAACGAUCAGUACCCUCCAACAGGCUAUACUGAAGAUUUCUCAGCAGCAAGAACUCUUAAUGAAAGCACCAGCGGUGCCAUCGUCGAGAGGCAGCUCUCAGGACCAAAAGAUAAAAGCCCCAAUUCAUUAUGUUGAGCCCCUCUCUCCUACAGGAAUGAGCAGCCUUCGUAAACCUCCUCGACUUGGUCAGGGGCGGACUCCCCGCUCUGGGAGACCAUCUGAAUUGAAAGUUGCCAAGGACAGACAGCAAACUAUGGCACGGAUCAAAACUCCAACUCCCAGUGUUGACACUUUGCCACAUUUAAGGCAGUUUCCAUCAGCCAAUUCACCGAAGACACCGACUGAAACGGCCCUUGAAAAUAAUGUGAAUCCAGGAAGCACCCCUCAGGAGAAGCUUGUCUUUGAUAGUUACAGACUCCGUGAUGAGAGCUAUCACCGGGGGGAGUUUGUUCUGUCUACUUCCAAAGACACAAAUAUCCUCUCUGAAACUAUCAAAGAUGUGAAUAGCAACGUGGAGGACUUUAACUCUUCUUCUUUUGAUGGCUCAGGGAAAGAGAACGUCCCAGCAGAGGAGCCCUUGAGAAGCAAAGGUAGUCUAAUUGAAGUAGACCUGUCUGAUUUGAAAGCCGCAGAUGAAGAUGUUGAAAGCCAAGGCAGCUCCACAGAUUUAAUCAGUGAAAUUGACCAGAAGUCAGGAGUUGGGUUCUUCUUUAAGGAUGAGCAGAAAGCAGAAGAUGAACUGGCCAAAAAACGCGCCGCCUUCCUCUUAAAGCAGCAGCGCAAAGCUGAAGAAGCACGGCUUCGAAAACUGCAGCUGGAGGCAGAGGUUGAACAAAAGCGAGAUGAAACCCGUCGCAAAGCUGAAGAAGAUAGAAUACGGAAGGAGGAAGAGAAAGCCCGAAGAGAGCUCAUCAAACAGGAAUACCUGAGAAGGAAACAGCAGCAGAUCUUGGAAGAGCAGGGCCUUGGGAAGCCCAAACCCAAACCCAAGAAGGCCAGGCCAAAAUCUGUCCAUCGGGAAGAGUCCUAUAGUGACUCAGGGACAAAGUGCUCUUCUACUCCUGAUAAUCUAAGCAGUGCUCAGUCUGGCUCUAGCCUCUCCUUGGCAUCGGCGGCAACAACUGAGCCUGAAAGUGUCCAUUCUGGUGGCACACCUUCCCAGCGAGUGGAAUCAAUGGAAUCUUUGCCCAUAUUGAGUCGGAACGCCAGCCGAAACAUGGAGAGAGAUUGGGAAAACACCUCAACUGCCUCUUCAAUUGCUUCCGUGGCUGAAUAUACUGGUCCGAAACUGUUUAAAGAACCGAGCAGCAAGUCAAACAAACCGAUUAUCCACAAUGCUAUAUCUCACUGCUGUCUUGCUGGAAAAGUGAAUGAACCUCAUAAGAACUCCAUAUUGGAGGAGCUUGAGAAAUGUGAUGCCAACCAUUACAUCAUUUUGUUCCGCGAUGCCGGCUGCCAGUUCAGGGCACUUUAUUGCUACUAUCCCGACACAGAAGAAAUCUACAAGCUGACAGGGACGGGGCCAAAGAGCAUCACCAAGAAAAUGAUCGACAAGCUUUAUAAAUACAGCUCGGACAGAAAGCAGUUUAACCUGAUUCCAGCCAAAACCAUGUCGGUUAGUGUAGACGCUCUGACAAUUCAUAAUCACUUGUGGCAACCCAAACGACCCGCAGUGCCAAAGAAGACUCAGACUCGCAAAUGACACUAAAUUUCCAUGGGAGACAAUUGUCGAUUGCGUUGCUGGGGAGAAAUGACUCUCCCCCUCGAAUUUUGGGUAUAAGACAUGCAGAAUCAUAAUUUUUU